GUCAUAAUGUCAGCUUCUGAAAGCUUCACUGAGUAUUUUGUUACUCAAAUUUGAAGGACAUUAAUAUCACAGUUUCACAUAGGCCAACCGCAUUCAACUGCGCUGCGCAUGAGUAAACGCGAGAGUCGAGGCGGUGGGCAAGAUAAGAUAGGCAAACGUAUUUCCUGCACUGUACCUGAUUCUACAUCGUUGUCUUGCCUACUAAGUGUAAACUCACAAGUUGUUAAAUCAGCCCCUGGAAAAUGCAAGCCAUCAAGUGUGUGGUGGUUGGAGAUGGUGCUGUGGGAAAGACAUGCCUGCUCAUCAGCUACACAACCAACGCCUUCCCUGGAGAGUACAUCCCCACAGUGUUUGAUAACUACUCAGCCAAUGUGAUGGUGGACAGUAAGCCAGUGAACCUGGGACUGUGGGAUACAGCAGGACAGGAGGACUAUGACAGACUCAGACCUCUGUCCUAUCCUCAGACGGACGUGUUCCUCAUCUGUUUCUCUCUGGUGAGCCCAGCAUCGUUUGAGAACGUCAGAGCCAAGUGGUACCCUGAGGUACGACACCACUGCCCCUCCACACCCAUCAUCCUCGUGGGCACCAAGCUGGAUCUGAGGGACGAGAAGGAAACCAUUGAGAAGCUGAAGGAGAAGAAGCUAGCGCCCAUCUCCUACCCACAAGGCUUAGCACUAGCCAAAGAGAUAGACUCGGUGAAGUACCUGGAAUGCUCUGCCCUGACCCAGCGGGGGCUGAAAACGGUCUUUGACGAGGCCAUCCGAGCGGUGCUGUGCCCCCAGCCCACCAAGGUGAAGAAACGACCUUGUCUACUCAUCUGAUCUCAGACCUGUGGAUAGACCAAGAGGGAAGGGCUCAGGAAUCACACAACAGCAAAUGUUGAUUUUAGUUAAAUACAAAGUUUGGCAGUUUUACAAAGUGGUCUAAUGUUCAGAUGAGUCAACAUAUGUAGAGUCUUGCCAUCUGUAGUGUAUAUCCAGCUAUAAUUACAGUAUAUAGUGUAUUGGAUUGGAUUGUAUCAUUACAGAUGGUGCCUACCUUUCCCACUGGUUGGGGAUUGAGGCAUAUAGCUGGAUCUACGAUUCUUCUCAAUGUUAGACCACUGUUUAGGUCUGAAAACAACCAUCAGACUUUCUAGAGCAUCAAUAUAAAUGUCCUUAAAAUUUUCAAGACAAAUCCUGGAUAUGUACACAUGGAUAAGUGUUUUAGAUUCAUAUAUUGGUAUUUGGUUUCGGUUUCUGACUAAUUUUCUUAUACACUUCUUCUAUAUGGUUUGUUAAUGCAGUGACUGGUCCUUACUGUACAAGAAAGACACUGAAAAAUACGUAGACCAAACAUUACAGUGUGUAUAGUCAGAAAUGUAUUGCACCAUCCUAAUGUAAGAAACUUUCUAAAAUGAUCAUGUUGUUUACUCUAUAAAAUGUAUUUUUCAUAUUUUGACAUGAUACAGCAUUCUACUAUAUUUCUAAGGUACCGUAUUACUUUCCUCUCUAUUACAAUUUAAUUUAACACAAAAUAAAACAUAUGGGUGUG